AUGGAAUUGUUGAAGAACGCAAAGGCAGUGAGGUUCCGCAGUCACCUGGGGAAGUAUUUAGUGGCGGACGAGGAUGAGGAGACAGUCCGUCAGAGCCGGAAUGGGUCCUCCCAGAGGGCCAGAUGGGGCGUGGAGACGAUCACUGGAAAAAGUGAGGUGAUCCGGCUUAAGAGCUGUCACGGCCGGUAUCUGACUGCCUCAGACGAAUCGUUCCUACUGGGGAUGACAGGGAAAAAAGUGGUCCUGGAAUAUCAAAAUAAUAAUAAUAAUAAUAAGAUGUUAUGCAGCAGCAGCAGCAGGGUGGAGUGGGAGCCAUUAAAGGAAUCAGGUUCUAAUUUGGUGAAGUUGAGGACGAAAGCUUCGGGAGGAAAGUUUCUGAGAGCAAACGGUGGGACGCCGCCAUGGAGAAAUUCCGUAACCCACGAUGUUCCGGACAGAACAGCCACUCAAGAUUGGAUUUUGUGGAAUGUAGAGGUUCUUGAUAUCACAUUGUCUAACUCCACCACCACCGCGUUUGACUCCAGCGAAUCUAUAAAUCGGAAUGGUUCAUCAUCAUCAUCAUCAUCAUCAUCAUCUAUUAAUAGGAUUGGUUCUAAUUCAAUAAUAAUAUCAUCUUUGAAAAAUGAUAAUGAAUUUGCUGCAGCUGCUAGCCCUACGAGGCUUAGAUCCAGAUUGUCGUCAAUGUUCUCCCGCCGUGGGAGGUUGGAGGAGGAAGAGGAGGAGGAGGUUUCACAAUCACCAUCGAGAUUAAUUAAUAAUUGUUUGGGGACCUAUCAUGAUGAGGAGGUAAGUAGAAGUAGUGGUAUGGAGUUGUUUGAGAGAGCGAAACUGGUGAGGCUCCAAAGCAAGCAGCAACAAGGGAAGUAUUAUCUGGUGGCGGACGAGGACGAAGAAACCGUCCGCCAGAGCCGAGACGGGUCCUCCCCUAGGGCCAGGUGGAUCAUAGAGUACGUUGUUCAGGAAAACAACAACAACAACAACAACUUCAUUCGCUUCAAGAGCAGUUUUGGAAAGUACCUUACAGCUUCGGACGAGGCUUUUGUUUUGGGAAUGACAGGGAAGAAAGUGCUUCAGGGAAAUAAAAGGAUUCACAGUUCAACGGAGUGGCAGCCCAUCAUCAUCAUAACAAGUGAUUCUUCUUCUUCUUGUUGUGUUAAAUUAAUGAGCAACCAAGGCAAGUUCUUGCGGGCCAACAACAACGGAGGAACGCCUCCCUGGAGGAAUUCCGUCACUCACGACCAGAUUCCUCCUAAUCAGGAUUCGGUGUUAUGGGGAGUGGACGUCAUCAUCACCAAUAUAUUAUUAACAUCCCAACAACAACCACAACCUGUGCUUUCCGAUCCCGCCACCCCCAAAAUUACACAACUCUUGUCUUCUUCAAAACAGUCGUCUCCCCAAUGGCCAGCCAGAGAUAGCUGA